AUGGCCAACCCCGUCCCGUCCCAUCCCCCCCGCCCCAUCACCCCCACCGGUACGCCCCCCGCCGACCACCGCCUGCAUCACAUCCUCGCACACUUUGACGCCGGCACACACACCAUCGAUCGCGCAGACAGAGAGACACCAGAGGAGAGGCGAACCAGUUUCGGGGACACCCUGCCCACCCCUCCGCCCUCUCGCCGCCCCUCCUUCCUCUCAUCCCUCGGCAUCCUCCCCUUCUCCUCCCUCUCCCCCUCCAACUCCGUCCCGAGCACCCCCGCCUCCACAUCGACGACCCACUCGCGACGUGAAUCGUUCAACCAUGGCCUCGGAUUCGGCAUGACCCCUGCCUCCAACUCGAGCGCUGUCGUUGACGACCACGAGGACGCGCGCGGCCACGCGAAAAAGCGGAGUCUGAGUAUGCUCGAUCGCGCACUCCCCUCGGGGCGGGACGUGCCCCACCUCCCUCCUACGGCGGCUCAUCCCGAUCUUCCUGCCGCACAGCCCCAAGCACAAGCACUGGCCGCGACAGCGCCGCCCACGCCGGGCCCUAAUGUCGGGGCAGGCAUUACCAGGCCCAAAUCGACGCCGCACCUGCCCCGUAACAAACAGGGGUUUGAGACCGCUGCUACUGAGGGGCUUGGUGUCCAGGCGAAUGUCGCGGGGCAGGGGCCGCCGGGGACGACGGGUGGCAGAAGGGCGAGCGAUUCGGGCAGGAGGCAUUUCGAUCCUUCAAGGGACCCCCGCUUGCUUGGGCUCAUCUAGGCUAGCGUUGAAUCAUCACGUUGUACAUUUCCUCUUUCUCAUUUCGGUACGCUUGGUCGUACUUUGUAGCCCAGUAUUAUCUACUCUUAUCCCUUGUCAUUGUUGUCUAUAGACUCUACUUGAGCGUUGGUUGUGAAAUUAGACGCCACUUUUUGGUUGUCGCCCUUGAUUGUAUCAUAGCCCUCUCGCUCGACUUGGCACAUGCAUCAUCUUGCAUCGCUGGUAUUGAACGA